AUGAGCGACUUUAAUAAGAAGAAGACACUGCAUCCAUUGUCAAGAAAGGCAAAGAGAGUCACAAGAGAGGGCUUCAGAGUUGUAAAGAAGGUCAAGCAAGUCUCUGCAAAGAACAAGGAACAGACUGUAUUGUAUCACAAGGUGAUGUGGUUCAAGUCAAAGAUAGAAGAACAACCAAAGAGAGUAUACUCAGCAAGAGAGAUUGCAGGAUUCAUUGAGGAAUAUAUUCAGAGGAAUGAUGAUCAGUUGUUGGAUCUAGAGGAUAUUAAGCGCAAGGUUAACAGAUCAAACACGACCGACUUGUUGCAAUCACUCAAGGAUAAUGAGACGUUGCAGUUCAAUAAGGAGGGUUACCUCGUACCUGAUAUAUCAAGAGUAGCAGCAGUCAAGUGGCUGACAGAGUGGGAUGGAAAUAUGAAGGUUAUAACCAAUCUGCCAAUGAAGAGAUUCAAGGCAGUACAAGCUGAAGAUGAAAUAGAGACUACUACCACAACUACGACUACAACGACAACAGACAACAACAAUGAAGAUGAAACAAUGAAAUCAACACCAUCCAAACCAUCUCUACGUACUCAACUGGAAUCACCUGCUACAUCCAAUCCAUUUGCCUCGCUCUCCAAGUCACUUUUGCAACAACCAGUGUCCACCUCGACGCCAAUGACAUAA